UUCUCUUCCCCCUCAUUUCACCUACAACCACCAUCAGCAGUAGCAUCAGGCCAUUGUGCUCCUCGCUCCCCUCCGCAAGCCCUGCUCUGCCUCUAACCAUGACUACCCAAUUGAUGCCAGAUAAAACGUUUCAAGCCCUCCAUGUCUUGGACAGGGAGAAUAUUAAUCCUCUCUCCUCUAAAAGGCUGGAGGGAAAAAUUGCAAUUGUCACAGGCGGCGCCAGAGGAAUUGGGGAGGCAACAGUUCGGCUUUUCGCUAAGCAUGGUGCAAAAGUAAUCAUUGCAGAUGUUGAGGACACGGCUGGAACUGCACUUGCUGACUCCUUGGCUCCUUCAGUUACUUUUGUUCAUUGUGAUGUUAGCUUGGAAGAAGACAUUGAAAACUUAGUAGACUCCACAAUUUCACGAUAUGGACGGAUUGAUGUCCUUUUUAACAAUGCCGGGGUGCUUGGAGAUCAGAAAAAGCACAAGAGCAUUGUUGAUUUUGACAUCGAUGAGUUUGACCGCGUUAUGCGUGUAAACGUGAGAGGUGUGGCGCUAGGAAUUAAACAUGCAGCAAGAGUGAUGAUUCCCAGAGGAGGAGGGUGCAUUAUUUCCACGGCUAGUGUUGCCGGAGUCAUGGGAGGGCUAGGUCCACAUGCUUACACAGCAUCGAAGCACGCCAUUGUUGGGCUCACAAAGAACACAUCGUGUGAGCUAGGCCGGUUUGGGAUUAGAGUGAAUUGCAUUUCUCCAUUUGGAGUGGCGACUUCAAUGCUUGUUAAUGCAUGGCGGAGCAGUGGCAGCGAUGAAGAAGAAGAAGAGGAAUUUAUGAAUUUUGGGAUUCCAUAUGAUCAGGAAGUGGAGAAGAUGGAGGAGUUUGUGCGAGGCCUGGCCUAUUUGAAAGGUCCAACCCUCAGGGCUAAAGACGUAGCAGAGGCUGCUCUAUACCUUGCUAGUGAUGAAUCCAAGUAUGUGAGUGGUCAUAACCUUGUUGUGGAUGGAGGGGUUACCGCAUCGACAAAUUGCGUUGGCCUGUAAUAACAAUAUUUCCCUCUCAUUUUCCUUUAGUUUCUUUUGAUUUCAAUAAGACCAGACUCACAUUUUACAAUUUUCUUUCCCCAAAAGCUCGAUGAAAUCUUUUUGGACAAUUGCAAUUUUAUUUCAAGAUCCAAAGAAACAGAACAAGUCUGAUAUACAAGAAAAACCGGGGCGAAGCCAAGUUGCAUAAUUAGCUACUUUUGCCUAUACCCCCAACUCAUUACGCUGGGAAUACAACAAAAUCUAGCUUGGUUUUGAAUUGGAUGUGCUCAGUCCACGGCUGCAAGAUUUACAAUAGAAU